AUGAACAUGAAUAUGUAUUUCGGCCCUGAAGAGGCGGACUCACCUGAAUGCACCAAAAUGGAUUUUCUUUCCACAGACAAAUAUUUACCCGACAAUUCGGGUGAGCCCCUGUUGUUGGCAGAGUCAUACCCGCUUGAAAGUAUGGAUAUCUGCACAGUUCCCGAACAAUCAGAUCCAUCAAACAUCUGGGAGCUGUUGCCCGCAAAAGCAUACUCACCUGAGGAGGACUUGAGCCUGCACCCAAUUCCUGACCACCUGCACCAUUUCGAGCACUUGGAGUUGUUGCCUGCAAAGACAUACUCACCCGAGAGCCCAAGUAUCUAUGAAAGCGAUUUAUCGCCCAAUGGGGUGGAACCUAAUGAUCACUCGAGCGUGUGGGGUUGGCCAGUCGGGCCAGAGCAGGUUGCUGAAUAUCAAGACCUCGCCAAGUAUGAUUCAUCUUUCCUUGAAAGCUUAAUAGAUGACGCCAUCAAAGAUUUCAUGCCAAACCAUCUGCCAUCAAUUGCUGAGUCUGCAGCCAAAUCUUCUGACGCCAAUGGAUUCUCUAUCAAAAAGAUUCUGAGCCCUGAAUCAUGCAGUCCUGGAACUCUCACUGGUGUGCCGGAAAAUUGGUUGAUCCCUGCCAAGUUGAAUGUGCCCCUCAAGCGCGUGGCUGAGAGUCAGCCGAAUUUGGUUGACAACCCACCCUUUAAGCGCCCUUGCAGCCGGGCAGCUUCUAUCCGUUCCGUGGGCGUCACCCAAGAAGCUAAGCGGCCCAGCAAGACUCGACCCGUCGCUUCAAAGCUCAAUAUUCGGCUCAGCCCAUCUCGAAGAUCCAGCAUUGCCUAUUUCAAUGGGGACAAUGAGGUUGAGAAUCCAUUCCAAUAUGCUGCUGGAAGCGAUAAGAAAUAUGGGGCCCACAAAAAAUUGUUCGGUAAUGACGGCUUCUUUGGGCCUCUUCCUGACUCGGAGCGUGUAUCUCUAAAAUCUGAGACAUCUCCGAAGCCACCUCUGACUCCGGGCCCGAUCCCAGCCUCAAUUCCGAAGUCAAACCUUUUGCGAGGCUUAAGUAAAAGGUUCAGAAAGCAACCUGCAGAGACUGUGAGUCUGAUCCCACCAAUCCAUGCCGAGUCAUUUACUAACCAUAAGACAAAGGAUUCUUCGUUCAGGGAUUCUUUGAUGGGAACUCUCAUCGCCAAGUCUCCAAUUUCAGUUGACCCUAGCUGUCAAGCCAAGCUGUACUCGGACAUUGAGGUGAUGAUCUGCACUGCUGCCAAUAAAUUUCUGCUUCGCCAAUACUACGAUGGCCGCCUCUCUCAUCACUCCGUCAACAAGGUCCUUCAGAAAUGGGGAUCAAAGAACCGUGCACCUGUGUUCCAGUUCCACUUUGAUCAGAAUACCCAACGAGAGUUGAUCCUGGAAAACCGCUGUACUCUGGAUAUCAAUUGCCAAUUUACUUCCAAUGAAGUACAGUUCGACUCGCGCAUGCAAAGCUGGAAGGCCAUCACCAAAGAUAUGAGUACACGCACCUUUUGCCUGCCAGAUGAAGUCAUUCGCAAGCACCUGUCCGACUUUCCACAGAUUCUGGAUAUGUUGGAUGCACCGACUUCAGCCUUUGAUGAGCUGAAUGAAUUGAGUGCCUGGGCGCAGUGCCUGAUGUUGCAAGCAUCACUGGACGCUCGUGGUUCGAAGCGGAGAUAG